AGGCAACAAAAUGCUUUAAAGAUUGGAAGGACAGCCGGGAAAUCGGUGCUGAUAUAGAUGUUAAAGGUAUAAAUAUAAGCCAGAUCAGAUUGGAUUAGGCAUAUCGAUCCAUGAGACAAGUAAGUAAGUAGCUGAGAAUUAGAUUAGGGGCAUAGCUUGUGUUAUCUACUGUGUAAAAUGAAUGAGACAUACCAUGUGAUUGUGGCAAAUGAUCAAGCAAUGUAAGGCUGUUAGCUGCUAGCUAAAUUUGGACAUCACAAAUUGUCUCAACCAUGUUUAAUAUCAAGAUUAGCUAUCAUAUCAUUUUUAAAUCUUUUGGUGGCUUUCAAUUUGUUUAUAGACAUAAAUGUAGGGCAUGGAGGUAUUAUAACUAGUAGAGAAUGCCACAUGACCCUUAAAUGGCUUAUGUCCUAACCAAUUUGUUUUUUAGCACUCAUUCACAUCUGCCAUAUACGUACUCAUCGUCAUCUAUAUAUAUCUCUACACUUCGAAACCUCUAGCAAACUCAACCAUACACAGCAAUACCAUUCUCUUAAACUACAGAGUUAAGCCUCUCAACAUUAUCCGCAAAGUUACAUCCAAAAGAUCACUAUGGCCAGACAUCUUGCAUCUGUUCUUGUCAAGCAAAUUAUUCGCAGAUCUGCAAAUACAUCUCACUCGACAUCUUCAAAUAUGCCAAAAGGAUUCCUAGCAGUUUACAUUGGAGAGACAGAGAAAAAGCGAUUUGUAGUUCCCGUGUCCUAUCUUAACCAGCCUACAUUUCAAGAUCUGCUAAGCAAAGCAGAAGAGCAGUUUGGAUUUGAUCACCCAAUGGGCGGUUUAACAAUUCCUUGUAGAGAAGAGACUUUUAUUAAUGUAACUUCUAGCUUGAGUAGAUAGUAAAGACUGAAAAACAAUUUUGUAAUGGUAGAACAUGCCAGACCAAUGUAAAUAAUGAACACUUAUUUAUAAAUGGC